UCUCAUCAGGCUCUGAAUAAGAGCAAGAAAGCACAGGAGGUGGACGCGUUGCUGAGUGAGAACGAGAUGCUUCAGGGGAAGCUGCACAGUCAGGAGGAAGACUUCAGACUGCAGAACAGCACGCUGAUGACCGAGCUCUCCAAGCUGUGUACGCAGAUCGAGCAGCUGGAGCAGGAGAACGAGGGUCUGAAGGAGGGAGGAGCCUCUGCAGCCAGCGCCCCCCCCAGCCAAUCCAGUCCUGUCGAUGGAGAGAUGCUCCGCCUCCAGGCCGAGAACUCCACCCUCCAGAAGCAAAUGAAAG